AUGUCUGACUGGUCAGUUUCUACGGGUCUCCUACAUCCCAUUUCACUUCUGGCCAGCACAGGCACUAUAGGUCUGGCUGCACAGACUCUACAGGUCUGGCUGGUCAGUUUCUAUGAGUCUCCUACCUCCCAUUCAAUAUCUGGCCAGCACAGACUCUACAUGUCUGGCUGGUCAGUUUCUACGGGUCUCCUACAUCCCAUUUCACUUCUGGCCAGCACAGGCUCUACAGGUCUGGCUGGUCAGUUUCUACGGGUCUCCUACCUCCCAUUCAAUAUCUGGCCAGCACAGACUCUAUAUGUCUGGCUGGCACUACAGGUCUGGCUGGUCAGUUUCUACGGGCCUGCUACCUGCCAUUUGAUAUCUGGCCAGCACAGACUCUACAUGUCUGGCUGGUCAGUUUCUACGGGUCUCCUACAUCCCAUUUCACUUCUGGCCAGCACAGGCUCUACAGGUCUGGCUGGUCAGUUUCUACGGGUCUCCUACCUCCCAUUCAAUAUCUGGCCAGCACAGGCUCUACAGGUCUGGCUGGUCAGUUUCUACAGGUCUCCUACAUCCCAUUUCACUUCUGGCCAGCACAGACUCUACAUGUCUGGCUGGUCAGCUUCUACGGGUCUCCUACAUCCCAUUUCACUUCUGGCCAGCACAGGCUCUAGGUCUCUGGCUGGUCAGUUUUUACGGGUCUCCUACAUCCCAUUUCACUUCUGGCCAGCACAGGCUCUAGGUCUCUGGCUGGUCAGUUUUUAUGGGUCUCCUACAUCCCAUUUCACUUCUGGCCAGCAUAGGCUCUACAUGUCUGGCUGGUCAGCUUCUACGGGUCUUCUAUCUCCCAUUCAAUAUCUGGCCAGCACUUGUCCUACAUCUCUGGCAGGUCUGGUACUCUAG